AUGAUAAUUUUGAUCAAUAGAACGAGAAGAGCAUCAAGAACCCAAGCACUCUCAAUUCCAGUAACCCCCCUAAAAGCUAGACCACCUUGUUAAUCCAGGUGUCCAUCAAGAAUGGCACUAAGCCUGGGAGGACGGAGGAGCAAUAUCUUCGACCCUUGGUCACUAGACAUCUGGGAUCCAUUCGAAGGCUUCCCUCUCUUCACCGGACCUCAGACCAAUGUCCCGUCCACCCAGCGGGAAACAGCCGCGAUUGCUACCACACGGGUGGACUGGAGAGAAACCCCGGAGUCGCACAUAUUCACAGCAGACCUUCCUGGGCUGAAGAAAGAGGAGGUGAAAGUGGAGAUUGAAGAUGGCAGAGUGUUGCAGAUAAGCGGAGAAAGGAGCAGAGAGCAAGAGGACGUGAAUGAUAAGUGGCAUCGUUUGGAGAGAAGUACUGGCAAGUUUUUGAGGAGGUUCAGGUUGCCAGAGAAUGCAAAUAUGGAUCAAAUUAGGGCAAACAUGGAGAACGGUGUGCUUAAAGUGGUGGUGCCAAAGGAGGCGGCGGCAAAGAAACCAGACGUGAAGUCUAUCCAAAUCUCUGGCUAGAAGAGGAAUCUUUUACCCUUACUAUAACAAAGCUUUUGCAAAUAUGGGGUGAUAGGGGGCGAUCUGUAUUAUAUGGUACUGGUUUAAGCGUUGUUUUGUGAAAUAUGUCAUAGGUUGUAUACUGUGAUGUUAAUAACCUGAAUAAAUAGCUGCUUUCUUUCUGGUU